GCUAGCUAGCUGCUAACAAAGAGACAAACGGAAGUGACCAACACGUCGCUAAAGUGUUGUUAUUGUGUGAAAAUGUGUCAAGUAGAAGCGCUGAGAAUGUUGGCGAAUUAAAGAGUAAAUAUUUGCAGUGCUGGAAAGAACGAUAGCUUUCUCGGAACGAGGACUUUUGUGGAAGAGAAGAGGAGAACGAAGGUCAAGAAAAGAAACAUCAAGAAAAGUGGUUUCCUUCCGGAGCCUUGGAUCCGAGCUUGUGCGUCUCGCUUCCUCGGACUCCCCCCCGGAUCUCGACUGCCUCCCUCAAUCCUCCACCCACGCUUUUGACACGGACCUCUUGACGCCUCUCUCAGCCCCACGGACCUCCCGCUUGUCUCACGGACCUCCGAGCUCCGCCUUUGUCCCUCCUGAUCUUCUCUCUCAACACUUCACGACCUCAGUGGAGAGCAGGAGUGAAGCUUCACAAUGGAGCAAGAGGAGCCACACAUAAAAAAGGAAGAGGAGGAAUCGCAGCAUUCCCACUUCAAAAGGGAAGCGGAGGAAUCACCGCCCCCCCGCAUUAAAGAGGAAGAAGAAGAACGCAGCGUCAGUCAGGAGUUCUCAGUGAUCCGUGUGGUCGUGAAGAGUGAAGAAGAGGAGGUGAAAGGUGAAAGUGAGGAUCAGAGAGAGGUGGAGAGACCAGGCAUCAGCUCAACUCAUCACAUGACAGCAGAAGGUGGUGGUGGUGGUGGUGGUGGUGGUGGUGGUGGAGGAGACUUAGCUCCACUGUCAGAUAGUGAGCACACAACAUCUUCUGACACUGACGAGGAAGACUCCAAAGCUGGUACGACGUGUCAGACCGACGACACACACUUCAAAUGUUCUUUCUGUGACAAAACCUUCACCAAGAAGAGAAGUCUGAAAAGUCACCAGAAGAAUCACACGGAGGAGAAACGCUUUAUGUGUUCAGAUUGUGGCAAAACCUUCUCUCUCAAAUCACAUUUGAUGAGACACAGCAGAAUACACACUGGAGAAAAACCUUUUUCCUGUUCAAUAUGCGGUAAAGACUUCACUCUGAAAGGAAGUCUGACCAUACACAUGAGGAGGCACACUGGAGAGAAACCUUUCGAGUGCUCAAUUUGCGGCAAAAGAUUUUCUUGCAACGUAAACUGCACGUCGCACACGCGCACGCACACGGGAGAGAAACAGUUUUCCUGCUCGGUUUGUGGCAAAAGUUUUGCACGGCGAGGCGACUUGAAAAUACACACCAGGAUACACACCGGAGAGGAACCCUUUUCCUGUUCAAUAUGCGGGGUGGGGUUCGUGCGCAGUCAGUGUUUGAAAAGACACACGCGAAAACACACCGGGGAGAAACCUUUCACCUGCUCGGCGUGCGGCGCCAGUUUCGCGCGGCGGGACGACAUGAUAAUGCACACCCGGCGGCACACGGGAGAAAAACCUUUUUCCUGCUCCAGCUGCGACAAAAGCUUCUGCAACAAGACCAACCUGGCGAGACACACGAGGACGCACACCGGCGAGAAAGUGUUCCGGUGCAGCGUGUGCCCGCUGAGUUUCUCCUACAAAUACCAGCUUGACAAGCACGCGUGUGCGGGGGAGAACUGCACCACCAAAUGAAAAUAACUCUCAAGACGGAACAUUUUGUCAGCUUCACCACAUAUAACUCGGUGACGUCAUUGUUGUGUAGCAAUUAUUGAUCAGUCAGUGUUGUCGACGCCAUAUUUAUUGUUAAUGCCCUUUUCCUGCUAAAUUCCUGCUUUAUUGUACAGUCAAGAUUGUGCUUUUUAAUUAUUAUUCAUGUUGUUUCCACUGAUUUACCACAAAGAGAUGUUUUUAUAUUUAUUUAGGACAUAUCAGGUUGGAUCUCUCCGGUGAGGUAGGACUCAAUAGCUUGCUUAUGGUCGGACCUGCAGCACUUGUGGGACGCAGCCUGGAAGAGGCAACGUACACUAUGUUGCCAAAAGUAUUUGGCCAGCCAUCCAAAUGAUGAGAAUCACUAAUCACUUGGCCUGGUGUAUCAAAUCAAGCACUUAGGCAUGGAGACUGUUUCUACAAACGUGUGAAAGAAUGAGCCGCUUUCAGUGAUUUCCAGCGUGGAACUGUCAUAGGAUGCCACCUGUGCAACAAAUCCAGUCCUGAAAUUCGCUCGCUCCUAAAUAUUCCAAAGUCAACUUUAUUAUAAGAAAAAUGUAGAGUUUGGGGAACAACAGCAACUCAGCCACCAAGUGGUAGGCCACGUAAACUGACAGAGAGGUCAGCAUUAGGGAUGUCCGAUAAUAUCGGCCUGCCGAUAUUAUCGGCCGAUAAAUGCGUUAAAAUGUAAUAUCGGAAAUUAUCGGUAUCGUUUUUUUUAUUAUCUGUAUCGUUUUUUUUUGUUUUUUUUUAAUUAAAUCAACAUAAAAAACACAAGAUACACUUACAAUUAAUGCACCAACCCAAAAAACCUCCUUCCUCAUUCACACAAAAGGGUUGUUUCUUUCUGUUAUUAAUAUUCUGCUUCCUACAUUAUAUAUCAAUAUAUAUCAAUACAGUCUGCAAGGGAUACAGUCCGUAAGCACACAUGAUUGUGCGUGCUGCUGCUCCACUAAUAGUACUAACUUUUAACACUUCAUUUGACUCAUUUUCAUUAAUUACUAGUUUCUAUGUAACUGUUUUUAUAUUGUUUUACUUUCUUUUUUAUUCAAAAAAAUAUUUUUAAUUUAUUUAUCUUAUUUUAUUAUUAUUAUUUUUUUAAAAAGUACCUUAUCUUCACCAUACCUGGUUGUCCAAAUUAGACAUAAUAAUGUGUUAAUUCCACGACUGUAUAUAUCGGUUGAUAUCGGUAUCGGUUGAUAUCGGUAUCGGUAAUUAAAGAGUUGGACAAUAUCGGAUAUCUGCAAAAAGCCAUUAUCGGACAUCCCUAGUCAGCAUAGUGCAAAGACUUUCUGCACAGUCACUUGCUACACAGCUCCUGUGACCUUCCAAUUAGCCCACGUACAGUACGCAGAGAGCUUCAUGGAAUGGGUUUCCAUGGCCGAGCAGCUGCAUCUAAGCCAUGCAUCACCAAGUCCAAUGCACAGCGUGAGAUGCAGUGGUGUAAAGGACAUCACCACUGGACUCUAGAGCAGUGGAGACGCCUUCUCUGGACUGAUGAAUCACAUUUUUCCAUCUGAUGGACCAGUCUGGCGUUGGAGGUUGCCAGGAGAACGCUACAUUUCGGACCGCAUUGUGCCGAGCGUGACAUUUGGUGGAGGAGGAAUUAUGCUGUGGGGUUGUUUUUCAGGAGUUAGUUCCAGUGAAAGGAACUUUGACGGCUCCAGGAUACCAAAACAUUUUGGACAAUUCCAUGCUCCCAACCUGGUGGGGACAGUUUGGAGCGGGCCCCUUCCUCUUCCAACAUGACUGUGCACCAGUGCACAAAGCAAGACAUGGAUGACAGAGUCUGGCGUGGAUGAACUUGACUGGCCUGCACAGAGUCCUGACCAGAUGAAUUAGAAGGGAGACUGAGAGCCAGGCCUUCUCCACCAACAUCAGUGUGUGACCUCACCAAUGCACUUUUGGAAGAAUGGUGGAAAACUCCUAUAAAGACACUCCGCAACCUUGUGGACAGCCCUCCCAGAAGAGUUGAAGCUGUAAUAGCUGCAAAAGGUCAUAUUGAACCCUAUGGGUUAGGAAUGGGAUGGCACUUCCUGUUCAUGUGUGAGUCAAGGCAGGUGGCCAAAUACUUUUGUCAUUAUAGUGUAGCUCCCAAUUUAGCUCUCCAUCUCCGUUAAUAUCCUUGCUGAUGGUCAUCCUGCAAUUAUGAGCUUUGGGUUGUGACCUGAAGCACAAGAUCAGGAGUAGGAGCGUCCAAAAGGAGUUUCCUAAAGAGGCGCUUACUAAAACAGGCAGUUAUUUCAUAAAAACAACCCCGAUUCCUUCCAUUCACAACAGAUAUUUAUUCAGUUUGGUCUUAAUUUGUGCACUUAAAAUUCUCCAACGGUUCGGAGCCAUCAAGACCAGAAGAAGGCAGUUGUUUACCUUUUAGUAAACCUGCAAGACAAGCUCAGCUCUCCCUAAAAUGUCAAAAAAGAGGUCAAAUAUGUACUUAAGUGUUGAAAUGUAACGGGCUAAAUAUGCGCUAGGAUGCUUUUCUCGUUUGUUUACAGUCAGUUUAUUUAUGACCACAGGUGGACUCCUGUUAAGUUGUUGGAACAUGUCAAAGAUGAUGAGCUGAAACAGGAUGCACUUGAUCUCACUUUUGAGCAUCAUGACUAAGGCCGAGAAUGCUUAUGUACAUGUGCUUUGUUGGUUCUUUGUUUUUAACAAAUUAGUAAAAAUUACUUAUAUAAAAAUGUUCACAUUUUCAUUAUUAUCCACUUUUUGCACUUUUCAAACACGGACUUCACACAAACUGCACAUGUGAUUUCUUUAUUUAUUUCUUAAAUAUUUUUUUAAUGUAUUUUCUAACAUUUCUGUCAUCAUGGGGUAUCGUGUGUAGAAUUUGUAUUUAAUUUUAUUUAAUUUUUAUUGGCAUCCAGCAUCAGACAUUCCUAUCCAUGACAUCAUAUUUGCAUACAUUAAACAUCUAUUGUCUGCCCUAAAUGACAAAAUAUGUUUUUUUGUUUAUAUCCCAACGAUACCA